AUGGAAGGAGGUGAAGCACAGAAGAAGCAAGUGCUUAUCGAGAAGAAUAGAUACAUGCAUGAUCAAGAGGGAUUGAUGAAGAAGGUGCCGAUAAUUAAAAAGGGUUGCAGCAAAUUCUGGUAUUUUACGGUCGUGUUUCUUUUAUGGUUCUUAUUGCUUUACUUCUUCUUUAAUUCGGGCUCAAAACUUGAUAAGAAGGAUGAUUUCUUGUUGAAACACCAUUAUGAUAAUUUUGUUGAUACCAAUGAAUCGAGUUUUGGUGGUGUGAAUUGGAAUUCCAAUGAAGAAACAGGGCAUGUUGCACCAGACUCUAUUAUGGAUAUGGAUACGAAAGCAACAGGUAAUCCUGUCGACAAUUUUUUUACCGGUGGUGAUUGGGACAAGUAUCUUCGUGAAGUAUCUAAUGCUGGGAAAGAAUCAAAACCGGAAAAUCAAAUACAUCUUACAGAAAAUGAAGCUCGAUCGAUCAACAAAGUCUUUGGUGAAGGAAACAGAGAAGAAUCUGGUAAUGCAAGGAGUACAGCAAGGGAGAACCAGGUCAAAAAACCGUUUGAUCAUUCACUUCCUAGAGAGGCUAGGAGGAGACGGGUCAAGAAACCGGCAAGGGAGAAACGGGUCAAGAAACAGGUGGAUCAUUCACUUCGUAGAGAAGAGAAGGUAAUCGAGGAGGUCAUCGAACAGCCUAACAAGGAAGAUCAAAUAAGGAGGCAAACCAAUUCGGAUUCACAUCCUGAAUCAUGUGUAGGCCGAUACAUUUAUAUCCAUAACCUUCCAAGCCGAUUCAAUGGUGAUUUGGUCAGGCAUUGUCAAUCACUUAACGAAUGGUCUAAUAUGUGCCCCUACCUGUCAAACUUUGGCUUUGGUCCCCAGCUAAAGAAUUUGGAAAGGACGCUCUCAAACACUGGCUGGUAUGAUACAAACCAGUUCAUGCUAGAAAUCAUUUUCCACCAUAAAAUGAAGCAAUACAAGUGCUUAACCAAUGACUCUUCAUUGGCUUCAGCAAUCUUUGUCCCUUACUAUUCUGGGCUUGACGUUGCUCGUUAUCUGUGGAAUGCUGACAAGAAGAUGAAAGAUUAUUAUUCUCGUCAUCUUGUGAGGUGGCUAAGAGAAAGCCCCGAGUGGAAAAGAUUGUGGGGUAGUGACCACUUCAUGGUUGCUGGAAGGAUCACUUGGGAUUUCAGGAGAUUAACGAACAACAACAAUGACUGGGGCAACCAGCUUAUGAUUUUGCCUGAAUCUAGAAACAUGACAGUGUUAACUAUUGAAUCAAGUCCGUGGAACAACAAUGACUUUGCAGUACCCUAUCCAACAUACUUUCAUCCUUCAAGUGACAACGAAGUGUUUCAAUGGCAAAACAGGAUGAGAAGACUGAAAAGGCAGUUCUUGUUUUCUUUCGCAGGUGGGCCGAGACCUGACCUCCCAGAUUCUAUCCGUAGUGACAUUAUUGAACAGUGCCAGGCCGCAAGGGAAAAAUGCCUAUUGCUAGAAUGUAUUACCGGUUCAAGCAAUUGCUAUGAACCAGUUAAUUUGAUGAAAAUGUUUCAAAGCUCUACGUUCUGCUUGCAGCCUCCAGGGGAUUCCUAUACUAGGCGAUCAACUUUUGAUUCAAUCUUGGCUGGGUGCAUUCCAGUUUUCUUCCAUCCAGGUUCAUCUUAUGCCCAGUAUUUAUGGCAUUUCCCGAGGGAUUAUACUAAAUACUCCGUGUUCAUACCGGCAAACAAGAUAAAAGACGAGAAAGUCAGCAUUGAGAGGACGUUAUCUCGGAUUCCUAUACAAAGAGUAUGGGCUAUGAGAGAAGAGGUUAUAAAGCUGAUUCCAGGCAUGGUGUAUGCUGAUCCAAGUUAUGGAUUGGAGACCCUUAAAGAUGCAUUUGAUCUCACAAUUGAUGGGGUUCUUGAAAGAGUUGAGAAGAUUAAGAUGGAUAUUAAAGCUGGAAAGAAUUUUUCUGAAGAUAUAGAAGAGUAUACUUGGAAGAAAAAUUUAUUUGGGACAGAAGGGAAACAUGAAUGGGAUCAUUUCUUCGAUAGGUCAAAGAUGAUAAUUUUGGGUUGUGAAGCUUAUUUAGCCAGUAAGCUUGGCCUCCCGGGCUUUGCAAAAGCAUUGCAACAGGAGGCCAUUGAAGACAAGAACUUUGCUCUGUGCAGAGAUGGGAAGUCCAAGGUCUAG